AUGCUGGAAACGGGCUUGCCAAUACCAACGUUAAUAUUAUCUCCUGGCAGAUUCAAUGUGAUACCCGACCGCUUGAUGUGGGCGCCUAAUCAUGACCGAACCCGCUGGUUCUUAGUGUUACACGUUCAAAGACCAAAGGAUAAUACCUUGAACGCGCUCUUGGGCUUGUCUAAUCGUGCUCUGGCCCGAGUUGGUCAGCCACCUCUCUAUGCUUCUUCAGUCGGCGAUUCUACCCAUCAACAAGAUUACUCGGCCAACUUCCAUAUCUCUAUUGCGUGGAUGUUGACCGAGCCCCGUAUCGAGGAUACUCAACAUCUCACGACCAUUGAUCUUGAUCCAUUGCAGGAUCUUUGCGUUCAAUUUGACUGCCUUAAGGUCAAGAUCGGGAAUAAUGUCACCAGUAUCCCACUGCCGAUGAAUACGUGA